AUGCUCUCUCCUAAUGAGAGGAUCUUCCUCAUUGCCGCGCAUAUCUCGCUUACUGGUCUUCUCUAUGGCCUGGAUACAGGCUCGAUCGGUGUUGUCACCCAGAUGACCCAGUUUAGUGAUUCCAUAGGCCAUCUAUCCUCCACGCAGCAGGGAAUAUACGUUGCUUCAAUACUCCUCUCGUCGUCCGUGUCGUCCUUGUCGAGUGGCCAUGUAUCUGAUCGCAUAUCGAGAAAAUAUGGGAUUCUGCUUGGAGGCAUCAUAUCGCUAAUCGGAACUGUCAUCUCCGCUUGCUCGCCGAACUUUGCCAGCUUGAUCGUAGCACGGUUGAUAACGGGCAUUGGAAUGGGACAAGCAAUCUCGGUCACCACGGUGUACCUUGUAGAGGUAGCUCCAGUAGCUAUCCGGGGUGUUGCUGCUUGCUUCCUGCAGACGUAUGUCGUGCUCGGUAUCAUGACUGGGUAUUUUCUCUCUUUCGGAUCUUCCAACAUCCAGGGGAGCCUUUCUUGGAGGGUGCCAUUUAUUAUUCAGGCUUGCAUUGCUGCCCUUCUCUGUGGUGGAAUGGUAUUUAUCCCUUUCUCCCCGCGAUGGCUUGCGCAGGUUGGACGUAGUGAUGAUGCGAAGCAAGUCCUUUGCAAACUGCGUCCAUCAUCAGCUGUCCAAGCGGAGCUCGAAGAAAUCCAAGAGAGUCUGGACCCGGAAAAGCAACACCAAACCGCCAGUAUCAAAGAGAUUUUCAAUCGGAAGUACCGAGGCCGCACAGCUCUGGGGAUUUUCCUUAUGUCCUUUCAACAGUUAACAGGGAUCGACGUGGUGUUAUAUUAUGCACCGAUUCUCUUUCAACAAGCGGGGUUCACGUCUCAGAGGGCCUCGUUCCUGUCAUCCGGCGUUUCUGGUAUUGUUAUGUUGAUCUGCACAAUCCCUGCUCAGAUUUGGGUUGAUCGCUGGGGUCGUCGGAAGCCGUUGAUUUAUGGCGGAGCCGUAAUGGCGAUUUGCUUCAUCAUUAUCGGGUCGCUCUACGCCAGGUAUGGCCGUAUCGAGUCGAACGAAGUCACACUCGGGUCCGGCUCUGCUCAAUGGGUUGUAAUCGUCCUGAUAUAUGUCUUUGUGGCCAACUUUUCCUGGUCGUGGGCUGUGGUCGGCAAGAUCUACGCCUCAGAAAUAAUCCCAACACGACUACGAGCCAAAGUCUGCGCAGUCGAGCUCGUCGCAAAUUGGGUCGUCAAUUUCCUCGUGACUUUCACAGCUCCUUUGUUCCUACGCGCCUCGCCAAGCGGGCCAUAUUACCUCUACGGGUUUUCGACAGUCCUCGCGGUAAUAGUGUGCAUCCUGAUGCCGGAAACAAAGGGCCAUAGUCUGGAGCACAUUGAGAGAUUAUUUGAGAGUCGGAACGAAAACCGGAACGAGAAUCGGAACCAGAACAAUGAGAACGGACGGGAUGCAAUGAGGGCAAGGCCGCAAGUGCUGCUGGAUCGGCAAUCUUAA